CGAGUACUCGAGUACACAUCCUGUGCCGAUCGGGCUGUUGAUUGGGUGAGAAGGCUUCACACACACACACCCCUGCAUUGGCGCAAUGCAGCGACGAGGAAUGCUCGGGUAAACUCUCGGGAGGGAGCCAUUGUUGACGUCUUGGGUGCUUUUCUGGAAGGAAGCUCCGCGGGUGGACAAGGAAGGAAGGGCGAUGCUCAGAUCUCAUCCGGUGGCAGCAGCCUGCCCACU